AUGGCGAGGCUUCUACCGGUGAGAAUCUAUCUCAUCAGGCCUUUCCACAACCUCCUCUCCGUCUUCGCCCUCCUCCUCUCCCUCCUCACCAUCGUCCACCUCUCUUACCGCCAUUUUCUCUUCCAAUUCACCUUCUAUUCCUCCUCGACCACCAUUCCUCCCUCCUCCCCCUCCCCCUCCCCUUCACUCCUCUUCGUCGUCCUUCUUCCUCUCCCUCUCCAUCCUCUCUCGCCCGUCAACUCCGCCAUUAACGCCGCCGAUACCGGUGCAACUUACACGGCGGAGAAGGAUUGCGACAUAUUCACAGGCGAAUGGGUACGCGACGAAACGGCCGGAGACUACUACUACACCAACGCGAGCUGCGGCAUGAUCCAGGAGCACCAGAACUGCGCCAAGUACGGCCGGCCGGACUCGGAGUUCCUCCGGUGGCGGUGGCGGCCUGACGGCUGCGAGCUGCCGCGGUUCGACCCGCGGUGGUUCCUCGAGCUCGUGAGGGGGAAGGCGGUGGCGUUCGUAGGCGACUCCCUAGCCAGGAACCACAUGCAGUCGCUGCUCUGCCUCCUGUCGUCGGUGGCUUAUCCGGAGGACAUAUCAAGAACGGGCGACCGGGAGAACCGGCAGCUCCUCUACGGCGACUACAACUUCACGGUGGCCAUUUUCUGGACGCCGUUCCUGGUCAAAGGGGACGCCGCCGCUGCCGGCGGCGGAUACACCAACAUCUUCCUGGACGAGGUGGACGAGUGGGCGGGCCCCCACCUCGCGGCCUUCGACUACCUCAUCCUCUCCUCCGGCACCUGGUGGACCCGCCCCUCCGUCUACUUCAAGAACAGCGAGCCCUUCGCCCGCUGCAACUACUGCUGGAGUCCGGCCACCGCCAGUCUCCCCCGCCUCAGCCUCUACGAGGCCAACCGGGCGGCGUUCCGGUCGGCGCUGGACUCCCUGCGGUGGUACCAGGGGGCCGUGUUCCUGCGCACGUUCUCGCCGUCGCACUUCGAGGGCGGGCAGUGGAACGCCGGCGGGCACUGCGUGCGGAGCCAGCCGGAGGCGCGGUGGCGGCUGGAGAGGAUGGAGCUGGAGAUGUACCGGGCGCAGGUGGAGGAGUUCUGGAAGGCGAAGAGGGAGAAGCGGAAGGGGAGGCGGGAGAUGUGGGUGCUGGACGCGACGAGGGCGAUGGCGUUGCGGCCGGACGGCCAUCCAGACGUGUACGGGCACCGGCCGGAGGAGAGGGUGGAGAUGAGGCAUGACUGCGUGCACUGGUGUUUGCCGGGGCCGGUGGACGUCUGGAACGAGCUCUGGCUUUAUAUGCUGACGCAGAGGCGGCUGGGGAAGAGAGGCUAGGAGAGAUGGGAGGUUAUGCAUUCAGGCCCCUUGGUUUUGCAUAUUUAUAUGUCGAGGAAGAUACGAUUGAUUGUUA